CUUUCCUUAAUCAAUCUGCAAAUUAAGGCAACAGAAAACAAAACAGGAUCAGAUAACGUAAGCUCUGUAAGUUUAUUUCUUAAUACAUUUAAUUUCUACUAUUAUAUAUUUGAAUUUUCCUCUUAUAUGGCUUUUUUUUCUUUCAUAUUUAUCAAAUCUGCAAAUUAAGGCAACAGAGAGAACAACAGAGGAAGAGGAAGAGGAAGAGGCGGAAUGUUCACUAGAUAUGGAAGAUGUACAGGUAUAAAUUGACAUAGUAGUUUUCAAGAAAGCCAAUAAGUGAGGCCCUAUGCCUUAAAACAUUUUACCUUCAGAUCGGCAAGAAUUCCGAUGACUUUAAAUGCGACACAUUUGGCAAAAAAAAAUCUUGAGAGCGUCUGUAUUUUGUUUUGUUGUGCUAACAGUGUUAAGAGAAAAAUAUCACGGAACCCUAGGUUUUACUUGUCGGUAAACACUCUUGAAGGAACUGCGUGAAUUCACCUGUCAAUCAUUUGAGUGCUUCAUGCAUCAAAUAUGCUUCAUGCUUCACUCGCAUUGUCUUAUUUAGUUUAGCGUUUUUUUUUUGUUUUGUUUUGUUUUGUUUUGUUUUUUUUUUGACAAAAUAACCGCCCAUUUGAGUAGUUGGUGAUUAAAAGAUUAUUUUAACUGUGAAGGAUUAUUUCAUACAAAAAUAAAAAUGAAAAAAGGACCUUCUAUCGCAGAAGCACUCCAUAUAGUCUUUAUCUACAAGGAGACUAUUGUAAACAGUCGACCCCUCACUGCAGUCAGUGAUGACGCCAACAAUUUCGAAUCACUGACGCCGAACCCCUUCCUCAUCGGACGGCAAUCACCCUACAUGCAGCCCACCUGGCCAAUUUGAAAAGCGCGAAGUUAAUAGCCGCAAGGAAUGGAGAAUAGCCCAGGCACUCGAGGACGCAAGGAGUACCUAUCUUAAACCCGUCAAUCCGUUCCUAAUGGAACUCACAUUGGUCCCUUGGUAGAGUUCUCAAGACAUUUCCAGGAGAUGAUAGAAGAGUACGCAUGGUAGACGUGAAAGACACCUAACGAAACUUUGAUGCAGCCUACCGCAAAGUUGUACUUGGUGGAAAAAUGUGCUUAGUAGAAUGGACAAUGCUGAACAGUGUUUUACUAAGGAAGUUUGUAGUGUAGGAAACGUUUUACUUUAAUGCUUGUAACUUAGCUUAUCGUUCGUCUUAUGGUCUUUCUGGGGAGGGAGGGAGGAUCAAGUGGAGCGGCCGCUGGCUAUGUUGUUAUUCGCAGUAAAUUAUAAGAUUUCCGUGAUUACCCGCGGGGGUGACUCGGGAAUACGAGGUCAGAAAGAAUUAAAAAGUUGUUGUUGUGUUACAAUAGUCUUGACGACGAAUUUGCUAAGUGGACUAACCACAGGCGGGGGUAAUAAUUGGUACAAACAAUGGACUAGGUCAUUUUCCUAGCCACACCCUCUUUAAGAUUUCAAGCCACAUAAUGCCGAUUUUCCACUCGAAAAGAUGCGAGUUUACUCCGUUUACUUGAUUUUUGUUUCAGAUUAUAAAAAGACAACUAAAACAACGUGGUGACCUCGUUAUGGAUAUCGGGAACGAGAAUGAUCCUGAAUUAAGGCUCGAACAAAUAUUGGAAAAAGUGGAGGUCGUGCUUCUUUGCUGUUCCAUCGGAGCAAUAACUAUUUACUAUAUCGUACUACUAGUCCUAAGGUUAGCUGUUGUGUUGCUUUUAAGGAAAAACCAAAAGAAAAAAAUCCCUAUGUCAGUGCCUCAUCAUAUCGAAAGGUUCGUCCUUAGGUUUAUGGAAAACCGUUUACUUGAUCUAAAAUAUUAAUAAUUUGUUUCAGAGUGAAAAUCACAGACAAGAUUUUUGUGCACGUAAAUAUGUUACUUUCGCUGGGCCUUGGACGCCUGGUGUUCGUAUUGGAUUUAACAGUGUUUCCCAACAAAGCAGAACAUCCAGUAAGUAGUUUAUUUAUCGUCUUCAAACCCAUACUAGGCCUUUUUGUAUGGUCAGUGACAGGUGGAGGGCCGCGAGGGGGGUUAACAUUCUUUGAGAACUGCAUAAUUAAUUAGAUAACAAAAGCCGAAUCCAUUUUUGUCAUUCAAUAAAAACAUUCUUACCUUAAGGUGGCUCGACUGGAUUUUUUGGGGUUGAUACCUCCCAAGUUUGAACCUUAACUACGUCGGCGUGAGUAAAGAUAUGGAAAAAAGGUUACCAAAACUGUAUUGUAUAAAGAUGAAAAUUUCUUGUGAUCUGGGUUUUAUUGCAAUCGGAGUCGCCAUGGCAACGUAAUGACGCCAUUACGUUUUUCAUUUAUCGUUGUGUUUCUCUGUACCAGGAGUUUUUUGAAGAAAUCGCUUAAGGGAGUAUGUACCUGCCAUAAUUGCCUCCAUUAUGGCAAAGUUUGAAGAAAUUCCAUGAGAGCGUUUUCGAGAUAUUUCGAAAUGCAGUUUUAAGAAUCAUCAAAGCAGUGAAAUAGCAUGCUAUCCGCACAAUUCGCUAAUAUUUUAAGAGAAUGAUAAGCAGUUUUCAAUGUAUGCAGUUUUCAAUGGAAUCAAACCACUAUGAGAUGAAGCCGCGUUCCCAAAGCUUAUCAUUUUCUUAAAAUAUUAGCGAAUUGUGCGGAUAGCAUGCUAUUUCACUGCUUUGAUGAUUCUUAAAACUGCAUUUCAAAAUAUUUCGAAAACGCUCUCAUGGAAUUUCUUCAAACUUUGCCACAAUGGAGGCAAUUAUGGCAGGUACAUACUCCCUUAAGCGAUUUCUUCAAAAAACUCCUGGUACAGAGAAACACAACGAUAAAUGAAAAACGUAAUGGCGUCAUUACGUUGCCAUGGCGACUCCGAUUGCAAUAAAACCCAGAUCAUAAGAAAUUUUCAUCUUUAUGUAAUACAGUUGUGGUAACCUUUUUUUCCAUAUCUUUACUCGUGCCGACGUAGUUAAGGCUCAAACUUGGGAGGUAUCCCCCUAAAAAAAUCCAGUCGAGCCACAUUAAAAACAGCUAAAAUUUCGAGAGACAAACAAACAAAAAAAAAACAUUCUUACAUCGAUUGAUAUUUAGUUCUCUUCAUUUGCCUGGUCCUCUUCAAAUUCAGGAUGUCAACGGAUUUUUAGCCUUCAAAUAGCAGUUGCCGUACGUCUAGUUCUAUUUUUGCUGUUUUUGCUGUUUUAAGAGCCAUUUUCUGAGAAAAUCGAGAAUCGCAAGACACUCGUCAAAAAAUCGAAUUUUUUAUUAUUUUGCCAAAACAUCCCUUUUAUUGACCUAAUUUAAGGAACAAUAGAUUUGGGUUCAAACGAUUCAUUUUAAAGGAGAAAUUUAAAAAAGUUUGAAAAAUCGAUUUUAUUCCUGUUUUUCGAACAAAACACGGUAGGAUGCAAUGGCAACUUCGAGAGAAGGGUGAACGCGUAAGAAACAUUCCCUGACACUGAAACUUCACCGAAUUAUUAUUUUGUUCUUACUCUUGAAAACCUUAAAAGAAAAUUUGAAAAACAAUGUCUUAUAUUUUUAUAAUCGACAAGUCUAAAGAGGUCAUAUUUGUGACGUUAGACGUGCUAGAAAACGAAGGCCAACUUUGACUAUUAAAAAAGGCCUCUGGUAUAUGCCGCUUGAUCAUAAAAUCAACAUAAAAUGGAACCUUGGCUUUUGUACUAACUUACUGGAAAGUUUUAGCUCCGGAAAUCAAAUACCAUCCUGACACCAAAGCAAGCGGUGAGAGCAAUUGAAUUGCGAAUUUUAUGCAAAUUAGACGGCUUGCGGACGGUUGUCAAACUAAAAGAAAGGUUUUACAUGAAAGAAUUACUCACCAUUGCUUGUAACACGUUUUUACGGUAAGGAAAGUUAUUUCCAACUUCUUUUGCGUCGGUUUGAGUCACAAAAUCCAUAAUUUUAAGCCAAAAGGUCCAAAAGACAAACGUACGUUUGCUCAGCGACUGCGCCAGAAUCCGGCCGUGAAUCGAAAUAAAGUCACAACACGUCACUGCGGUCCUUUAGAAGCAAGAGUUUUUACUUCAGUCAGGAGGCCAAAAGAUUGAAAAUUCAUCGCAAACUAAUGACUUCGAUUUUGAAAACCUUUCAUCACUUCAAUCGUUCGUCGGCUGAUAAUAAACAUGGCACAAGAUCGUAUGACCUUUGGCGUGUGACCGGAAAUCGGUCACAUGCUUAAGUCACGUUAGCAUACUGUCACGAAUUUUCAUACGAUUUUUCACGUUUGCUUUCGACAAAAAAUAGACUCAUCGAAAUAAAAUCAGGCCUGCUUUAUUUGUUUUUUUUUUUUAAAUUUCUUUUAUAGCCUGUAGAACUUGCAUCGCGCGUGUCUCGCGCCCCCAGUCCGCUUCGCAGUGCUAGCGUGAAAAGAGAAAAAAACUGAAAUUGACUCCUGUUCUGCAGUUGAUUUCUUUUAUUGACACCUUCUAGGCAUUGACAGGCUGUGAAAAAAGUGUAUUUUUUUAUUACUAUUUUUUGAAGUGCUACAUCAUUUUCCUACAAAUUUCAAACGUGACUGCUAAAAGACUGUUUGGAACCCAUGGAUGGAGAAAAGCUGUGCCGGAGAGAAGGUCAACCUCCCAGCCGAGCCAACUUUUGCGAGCGUUUAUAUGAGGAAAAAACUGACUACUUUGUCCGAGUCAACAGUGCUUGCACAUGCUGUCUUUGUCUAGCCUUGACCGUGUUGUCCCAGUUAGCUGGGCGAGCCAAAGUGGAGAAAUAUUGGCCGGGCUAGAAGGGUGAGGCCACCACUACCGGCUCAGUGGAGGGCUGACUUCCGGAAGCCCUCAACCCCGCCCACUACUGGUAGUAAGGCGUCUAUCCGAACCAACCUUUUGUUUCUCAUGUAAAUUGUUUACCAAGUUUUGUAAGGAAAUGGAGGAAAAGUUGGCUCGCCCAGGGUAGCUUGGGAGGUGAGUAAACACCAGAUGACCCGAAUAAUAAGCACAAACUUUGAUUCUCAGUUAGAUGUCCACUAUUUUAAGUAAGCGACCUGGCAUGUGAUUCUCGCAUCCAUGCCCCCUUCCAGAUCCCCUUUAUUAUCGGUAAGCCUCUGAUAGGUCAAAGUAAUACAGUCGUACCUCCAGUAAGCGACCACCAAAAAUACAAAGACUUAAUGGUCUCUAACGGGAGGUGGCCGUUUAGAAGAAUCGGACCACAUGGGGUCUAUUCCGAGAAGAGGUCAAGGCACAUUCUAUUAAAUGGCAGUGUAACAAAUUCCUGGCAAAAUAUUAUCUUUUACCUCUUUUGACAAAUACAGCUUUUAAAUCAUGCUCAAUUUAAAGAGGGAUUCAGGCGAGUGAAAUAUAGAAUAGUCUAGAAUCACAACAGAAUCUUCACUUUGUUGGCUACAUCUACUAAGUUAGGAUAUGUGUAGUUCCAAGAUGUCACUAAAGGUCUUCAUAUUUUCCAAGGAACAUAGUGCACACAGCAAAAAUAGAGAGCAGAGAAUGCGUCAACUAGUCGCUUAUGGAAAACAAUUAACCGUGACGCCCAAAAAGUGGUCGCAGUCACUUACAGAAGGUGGUCGUUUACUGGAGGUUCCAACUAUAAGGCUUUGACUGGAAAAAUUUGGUCUUUUGGAUUGGCGGUCGCUUAUGGGAGGCGGUCGCACAUGGAGGUUCGACUGUGUUAGGUCUAUUAGAGUAUAAGCCACCAUCACCUCACUGUGAGUGACGAGAGCCAGGAAAGUAUAGUAUACACUCCCUUAGGAUACACAGAAUCGUUGUUUUGAGGUCCCGUUUAGCGAAAUGGAUCAUUCAAGGGAGGUGCUGAAGUCCCAUAGUGAAAUUUAUAAGGUUUAUGGGUUUUUAGUGCAAGGCGAAACACAAUACUUAGGGCCCUGUUGUUCAAACGUUGAACAACAGGAAAUCACUAUCAAGCGAAUAAGAAGAAGCAAUUGCGUUACUUAUUGGAUAUAGAUUUAUCCAGGGGAAAGCGUUAGUCCCGGGGGCGUUAGUCAACUUUUCGAACAUACAGCCCCUAAGUCACUCUCCUCCGCAGACUUACCCUGGGCGACCAGGAUAGGGGAAUAUAAUACUCGACCUUCCUUGCAUCAUCGCGAGAGCCUAUAGCCUUCAUUUUCUUUUGGCUCGUCCUAUAAUCCUACCCAACGUUCGUGGGACAGGAAAGUCUGCGUGCGAGGCUUGGGAAUCUAGGGAGACUAUGGUAGCAUGGUGCAAAUAGCCGGGAUGAGCUACUUUGUCCACACGAACCAAGAGGAUUGGGUCUGCUAGAAGAAAUCAGGUGUAGCUUUCUGUGAUAAGUAAUAUUCCAACAGUAUAGGAUCAUAGUUUGAAGCCAUUUCACAUUCACUAGUUUCCGCGUACCUCUACCGGCGAGUUGUGGACAAAAGCAGCUGAUAGCUGUAUGCGAACCUUUUUUCCACAAAAUGGUUUCUGGGUUUUCGUAUUCGACAGUGUCAUGUAUUGAUUUUUUUAAAUCUUAAUCGAGGUCUUUUUUAUUAUGUACUGUCUAUCUGACUGACUGUUUCUUUGUGUUUUUUUUCUGGUAAUAACAGGUUUCAUAAUUUGGUCGUGGUUGGGGUUAUAGGCUCCUAAUCGUGAGCAAAUAGCGAAAAAAUCAACAAGCAAAACCAAAGUGAACUAUAGCGUUGAAUCCGUUGGCCACGGAGAAUUGGUAUUAUUCUGCAAGUUCUUUACUACAGCAAGAGAGUAUACUCCCUUGACUAUGGGACAUUGGGCCGGGGGAACUUAGUAUUUUGACCCGGCAUAGGGGAGUAGGGGAUGCGGAGGGGGUACUCUGGCCAGAUUCCAAGUCACGGGGAUGAUCGAAGUAUGUUUUUUUCUUGGUUUGAAAAUAUUUUGAACAAAUUUUUUUUUUAGGUGUGGCUUUACUUAAGUAUUCAAAAUAUUCGUUCUUUUUUGGUCUUAAUUUUCGCUUCCACAGAUCACUCACGACACUUGGAAUCCGAGGUACCCCUCCUGUUUAGUACUUCGAAGGCAAAAAAGCUGUUUCAAAGCCUAGUAGGUAAAUAAAAGAAAAAUAAAUAUGCAUGGCUUUUUCUACUGCGAUGAGAGGAUUUCUUGUCAAAAAAUGUGAAAACUGUAUUAAAAUUGCUGAUAACAGCUACGAAAAUUUCGUGACAGCAUGCUGACGUGACUAAAUCGUGUCACCAAUUUCCGGUCACACGCCAAAGGUCAUACGAUCUUGUGCGAUGUUUAUUAUCAGCCGACGAACGAUUGAAGUGAUGAAAGGUUUUCAAAAUCGAAGUCAUUAGUUUGCGAUGAAUUUUUAGGGCCAAGUCGCACUAGAGGGCAAUUUCAGAUUUGGUCUGGACAAAUCCGACUUGAAAUCGGCCAGUGACAAAAAAAUAUUGUCCGGGAAGCUACAGUCGCACUUAAGAACAAAAUCUGUGAACAAAACACAACACCAUGCUGUGAGCGCCUUGUGAUUCUCGGCUUUCUAAAACUGAUCAUGCUUUUCAGCUCACAGUUGAACUAAAAGCUUCUCCUCUUCUUUACUGCAUCUGUCCUGAUAGAGACUCUGCUACGUAUCACCUGUCAAAUCAUUUCCGAAUUAAAACACCCUCGCUAUUGUUAUCCAAAAUUUGUCUCAAUUUGGCCUGCUCCAGAGGUAGUCGACGGCAUCUUUGAAGUUUGUCUGUCUGCGACCAAAUUUUGUCCUUUGGUGAGCAAACCGGUCGCACUUGGUUUUUCAUUGUGAUGACAGAUUUUUGACAUAAACAAACAGUUUUGUCCUCUAGUGCGACUUGGCCCUUAUUCCUUUUGCCUCCUGACUGAAGUAAAAACUCUUGCUUCACUCUUGCUUCGACGUGUUGUGACUUUAUUUCGAUUCACGGCCGGAUUCGGACGCAGUUGCUGAGCAAACGUACGUUUGUCUUUUGGCUAAAAAUUAUAUAUUUUAUGACUCAAAACGACGCAAAAGAAGUUGGAAAUAGCUUUCCUUACCUUAAAAACGUGUUACAAGCAAUGGUGAGUAAUCCUUUCAUGUAAAACCUUUCUUUUUAGUUUGACAACCGUCGCAAGCCGUCUAAUUUGCAUAAAAUUCGCAAUUCAAUUGCUCUCACCGUUUGCUUUGGUGUCAGGAUGAUAUUUGAUUUCCGGAGCUAAAACUUUCCAGUAAGUUAGUACAAAAGCCAAGGUUCCAUUUUAUAUUGAUUUUAUGAUCAAGCGGCAUAUACCAGAGGCCUUUUUUAAUAGUCAAAGUUGGCCUUCAUUUUCUAGCACGUCUAACGUCACAAAUAUGACGUCUUUACACUUGUCGAUUAUAAAAAUGUAAAGCAUUGUUUAUCAAAUUUUCUUUUAGGAUUUUCAAGAGUAAGAACAAAAUAAUAAUUCGGUGAAGUUUCAAUGUCAGGGAAUGUUUCUUACGCGUUCACCCUUCUCUCGAAGUUGCCAUUGCAUCCUGCCGUGUUUUGUGCGAAAAACGAGCAUAAAAUCGAUUUUUCAAACUUUUCCUAAUUUCUCCUUUAAAAUGAAUCGUUUGAACCCAAAACUAUUUUUCCUUAAAUAAGGUCACUAAAAGGGAUGUUUUGGCAAAAUAAAAAAAAAUUCGAUUUUUUGACGAGUGUCGUGCGAUUCUCGAUUUUCUCAGAUAAUGGCUCUUAAGGCAGUAAUGUGGCUACUGUUUCGACAUUCUCUGCAUGUAGCCUGGACAAAAAUAACUGUGUCAUCCUUUUAAUAUUCGAUAUGUCAGCUGCAUUCAACACAGUCGAUCAUCACAUAGUGUUACAAGACUCAGUCGGCGUUUUGGAAUCAAAGGAAAGGCACUGACAUGCAUGGUUACAGUACAGUUGUAUGUGGUCCCUGGUCCGGCCGGUUUUAGUUUGUGAUGUAAUUUUCGGGAAGAAAAUGAGGUCUCAAUACAAACGAAACUUUCCGAGACAAUUUUUAUUGAUCCGUUUGCCUUCUUAAGCUCGAUUCGAGGUUUUCCUGAUGACUAGCGAGGGCGGGAAAAUCAAGUUACCGCAAACGUAGGUGAAUUUGUUUUGUGUUAUUUGUGUCUUUUUUGCGGCGCCUUAAAUUGUAUAUAUUUUGAAUUUAGGCACACGCAAUUAAGUACGUUAAGAAAGUUAAAUUUUGGUGUACACGUUGCGUACAAGAAAUGUUCUUUCCACUUGCAAAAAAAUUGGUAGACAGGUUGAAUUUUAAGUUUUAAGUUUAUUUCGAUUGUUGAUAUUUGACAUUAACCGUGUCAAAUAUCUGUGCAUGUAACACUACACGACAAGAAGGCGAUCGAUAAAAACUGAACUUUGAACCAAAAUAAGUGUUUAUAUCAAGCUACAUUGUACUAUAAAAGUCCGUGAGAAUAAAUCAGGGUAUUAUUUGUCUGAAACCUGUCCGCGAUAAAGUUAAGAGCACGCGAGCGUUGGAGUGAGUGGAAGAGUGAAUUUCCAAUUGAGUUCAAUAUUAAACUGGGUCAUAAAGCUUCGCUAGGGUAUCAAAUCAUUUUCAAUUGUUGCUUCCAUCGUGUAUAAAACGUUUUACUACCAAGGGAAAACAAACCUUGUCACACUUUCUAGAAAAACUCUCAAUAACUAAAGCAAUUUAUCAAUUAAGCAAAUACAACAAAGCCUGGCUGAAUACAAAUUUAGCCUAAACACCGACUUCAUUUACCCGUAGAGUUCCAGGAAUUGCUUGAAAUAUUCUGAGAAACGUAUCGCUUCGAUUCACGGGACUUUUUUACCUUUACUUGCAUCCAUACUCUUCGCUUGCCAAAACGUGGCUUUCUACACCAAACAGGAUUUCUCCCGGGCUUUAAGUUUUCCACAUCACACUUUGUUUGUGUUCUGAACGUUCUUUUGUUUUCUCUCUGAAUCGAUUGACUACGAACGAAAGAGCCUCGAAUCCGAGGGCCGUACUUGAAAUCAAGGCAGAUGCGGUGAUAUACAUGCAUCAUACAUACAUAGACACACACAUACACACAUACAUAUUUACAUCCAAAAACCUCAAAUGAAGCUGGCUUCGGGCUCAGGCAACCCAGGCUGGUCACGUACGCGACCUGAAUUAGUCUGCUGCGAAGCCACCAGGCUUCGCAGCAAUUAAGAUUCAUGAAUUAAAGUGAGGAUCUUUCAACUUUGAGUCACAUUUUAAGUAAAGCACUCUCUAUAAUUGCACUAAAUGAUAUAUCCGAUCCGUCCGAUUGGUUCCAGUAGGUCCAACAAUUUGACAGCUUUAUCCUCUUUUGGUUUUAACAAGCAAAACAUUAUUUUGCAUCUGCCGCAUGACGUACACUUUUCGGUCGGAUUUCUCUGCCGUCGCUGAUGGAAAGUUUUGCUUGAGGACGUAAACAAGCGACGACAAAUCUCUCUAAUUUUUGACUGAAUUCAUUUAAAAUAGUGGCGAUUUUGCUGCCGUCGCACAAUAACUGCAAGACACACAUUCGCACAGAAGCGAAAAUAAUUUCUUCCGAUGAGACCAAACUUUAGCUUUUUACACAGAAAUCUCAUUUUGGUUUUGGAGUUUAAAUAAUGCCUAUAAAAAUAUACAGGAAUUUAGAUGAGAUGGUGCUUGGGACGUUGAUUUUUGCGCAAAGUUUCCAUGUCGGCUUACAAAGUGACCAAAGUGGCCGGACCAAGGAGGCGAACCACUAGCCUUACCAGGGGCCUUCCAACGGAGAAGUCACUUUCUAUGAGGCAGGAUUUUUGGCAAGCGCAGAAGCUCUCGGUUUGUCACAAGUUAGUAAAAUGUUACGGCAACUUACGUGACAAAAAUUAGCUCAACACUUAUUUACGUCCUCUUCGUUCGGACCAAGGACCACAUACUGUACGUCCUGUCUCGGACUUUGUAAGUGUUGGGAGUGAAUGCUCGACCCGUUCGUAUCUUCCUCCCGUAUGGCGUUCGACAAGGAUCCGUACGUUAUCCUCCCUUGCAUUUACUAUACACUGUUUUUCCGAGUGAUGUCCUCAAAAGUUAUGAUUUGUCGUAUCAUUUUUACGCCUACGACAGCAAAUAUACAUGCCCUUUCACCGUCACUCGUGAACCUAAAUACUCCAAAUCUAAACGUGUAUCCUUGACACCAGUAGUUGGAUGAGAGCCAAUAGGAUCAAACCCAAUAACGAAAAAAACUGAUCUUUUGGUGUUGAACGCCUUUCAUUGCCCCCCUCCUCAGCUAAGCUCCGUUUACGCAAUCAGUGAAUAAAUUGUAGCUACUAACUCGGCUAAAAACAUCGGCUUUUGGUUUGAGAUCAAUCUACAAGCAUGUGAAAUUUCUUUGCAAGACUCCUUUCUGCCAAUUACGUAACUUGGCCACUAUUAGAAGGUUCCAAAAGCACUGUGAAAUCUCUUACAUGCCUUUGUUACAGUGUACUUCCGCUAAUCAAUCAAUCUAUCUUUAUUUGUACUCACUCUUGCUCAAAAGUGAAUUACAACAAUGAAAAUAUUAAAAGUAUCUCUCUUUUAUCUGGUCUAUCUGGUCUCCUCAGCAUCUGUUGCAAAACAUGUUUAAAAUACUGCAGCCAGUUCACUCACACGAACCCAAACAAAUACGGCCACGUUCCCCACAUUUCUUUCUUUUUCAGCAGAUAUCGAAAACGUCUUCCAAAUUUGGUUCACCCUAGCUGGUUACAAAGAAUUAGUCGGGGUAUUUGAGCCAGUCAAAAACGAGAAAUAUUUUGGAUGAGAUGGUAACAAGUAAGGUUUAAAUUUCUAAAAUUCGGAUAUGUACACACUUUUUUAUUGUCUUUUAGGUUCUCUGUUCGACUGUUGUGGUAACUCUUCAUUUUCUGGAAACAGCUCUGUUUACCUGGAUGUUUGUGGAAGGGAUAAACCUCUACAACAAGUUGGUCAAGGUUUUUUCGAUGCGAAAGCAAUACUUAGCUUUCGCGGCAAUAGGAUGGGGUGCGUUACUUUUCUUGAUACUUCUAUUCCAGUCAUUUUGUGGUUGGACCCGGAACUAUAAAUGCAACAGAAGCGUUCUCUUCGCUAAUUACUUAAUAUUAGACUGAUAUAUAGAUUUAGCCAGGGCUAAAAGCGAAGCUCUCGAUAAUAUUUAUAGCUUGUUCAAACAAAAUAUAAAAUCGUGUAAUGCUUAGUGGCGAAGGCAAUACCGGAGAAUGGUGAAAAACAACAAUAGGUCUAAUUGGCACAAAAAGCAACUUUGUACGUGCAGCACACAUUUUUUGUACAUUUCUUUGCCUUUGUUUUGCACGACUACAACGUGAAACUUCCAGAAACUUCUUAGUAGUUACACGUUUUAUGGAGGAAAUGUCGUAGGUGUUCUCGUUCACAUUUUUCUCCCUGCCGCUCAUUUUCACCUUGCAUUGGUGGCCGCUAAUAUUUCCCGUUUUGUGACCGCCGCUACAAAAUUUUCAUGUUGUUCUUCCAACAAAAAAAUGUCUCCUUUGUUUUUUAUCCCUCGCUCUAGACCUCUGUCGCCCUUUUUCUCGCUGAUCUUCGCUGGCCUGCCGCCUACUUUCUCUUUUUUCUGUCUUUCUCCUGCUCUAUAUUCCAAAUUUGUGAACAUCACAAUUAAUCUAAACUAAAUAUUUUAGACAACACGGAUACAGAAACAAUUUCCGCUUUCCGUUUUCGUCUUUAUCGACUCUUUAGUUGUCUCCGCUUUACAAGACGCCGGUGGCUAUACGAUUUCCCGCCAAAAUAACCUCCAGUUGCACUUGGGUUGCCAUACCUGUUGAUUGAGUUAUUUUACAUUGGUAUGCCCGUGGUGCGGACGGACGGUCACUCGGGCAGGCGGUCGGUCGGUCUGUGUAUGGUCACGUGAUUAACAGAUUUUCUCGGAUGGGUAGAUUACUUCAUUUUCUUACCCAUGGUGCUCCGCUGGCGCGCUUCGCGCGCGAGAGCUCCGCUAGAAAUAAACAUACGAAAAGUCCCAAAAGAUCCGAGCAAGGGAACAUUGCACAACCGACAUUUUUGGUCCCCUGGGACCUGGGACCUGAUUUCUUCCUCCCUCCGUAGCUUCAACAGGAUUUAGGCUACGACAGUAAAAAUCAAUGAGUCAAUAGCAGACACAGAAGUGUGUAAAUUCAAAAUGGAUUACGUGAUAAAUAGCAUCAUAUAAUUUGUUAAUCACAGUAUUUUUGGACCGCCGUCAUCUUUGAUCCGUCAUAUUAAAUCCACCAUCUUGAGUCAAUGCAGGGGGGGCAAGGUAACUCUAUUGCUUUCCACGUAAGUUCCUUGACCCACUCCGCCUGCCAUUAUGACGUCGUCACAUGGUAACGGGCAAGAGCCUCGGGUCGCUUCUGCAAAUUAGCAAGGGAUACGACAGUUAUUUGGACGAGCGAGGUCGAGGGAAAUCAAAGAAGCUAGCAAAUAUCGCUAUAUAUCGCUUAUUUGGUGGAAUGCGUGUGACCUUUUGUGUUGCUAUAAUCUGCUUGUGUAAACCGUUUUGAUAUUUGUGUCCGUGAUUGUAUAAUUUUGUUAAUUUGGUUUGCAGGCCGUGUUGCGGGAUCGCCAUCUAUUUCACGGGACCGGCAAGGUCAUCAAAACUUAAAUGUUUUUUUCCUCUAAACUAGGCAAGAUCUAGUCUCCAGAAUAGGAGGUUUCAUUCACAGAUCACGCAUGUUUGUAUUUCAUCUAUUCUUCUGCUAAUUAAAUGGGCCUAACUUCAUAUCUUUCCUUUCGAGUUUGGGCUUCUGUUGAUCUCCUAAUUCUCCACCAAAUUCAGCAAAGCCAAAAUUAAUGUUUCAAAGCAUGUGUGUCACUGUGGUGCAGUGGCCAAGGAGUUGCUUGCGUGCAGAUAAACCGGGUUCGACUCCCGGCGACACUGUUUUUUGUUUCUUUGUGCCGUUUUUUUUUUUAAACACUAUUUUUCCUUUUGGCCUUUUUUCUUUAUUCUUACUGCUGACCCUGCUGGUUAUGCACUUGGAUCAAUAGAUAUUUUAAGCUUAGGUCCGGAGUUUUAUUUUGGAAAAGGGAUUUCAAAAGCUUUUGAUCUGCAUACUGGCCAAGCUUACGACCAGAUACAAACCAUAAGCUUUCAACUCCCUCCUCUGAAACAGCUGAAUUUUUUUCAAUGUUAGUUGACAUCCUGACAAACAACACACAGUACACCACAAACUGUUCCAAUUUACACCCAACACCCACCAGUGACCCACUGGCGAAAGUUAAACUUGCCUUUUGUACGUCAUCUUAAUCAUCAAUUACCCUAAGAUCUCCACUGGGUUUGCCCCCCAAAAUAAUUAAACGAAACCUUUUUAUGGUUUUCGGGAUUUAAUUACAGAAUUACAGGUCUAUGCCCAAUACAGUGUUAAAUUGCGGUAAAGCAACAAGAUUCAAUGCUCACAGCCUCUCACAAAUACCUGUCAUUUAGUUUCCUCUUUCAACGCUACAGCUAAGCGAACUUUGAGUGGAAUGAUAUGGGGUUCCACUAGCUCUGAAGAGCUGAAAAUACGCACAAAGUAUAAUACAUCCUUUGAUGAACCUCCUACUGCUGUGUCUAAACUCCUCAAUCUUGCUGUGCACUCGGCCCUCAAAAGUGUGACCGGUCGGUAUGAUUGCCCGUAAAAUUUGCUCGACGAUAGAAAGGAAUCUUUAAAAUUCAUUACGCCACUGGACAUUUCAUUCCAAAAAAGUACUAAGUGUAGUUUUCUAUGACAAUAGAAAUCUUAAAAUCUCCAAAUCCAAGAAAUCGGAACAGUAUUUCCGUGAUAAAAUCGAAAUUUUUAUGUCCCUUCGAUGAAAACUUUGCUCACCAGUUUGAAAGUCACUGACGCGAGAAGUGACGUCAUAUUGGCAGGCGGACUGUACCACAGAUUUCCUUGGAGACACCCCCCCCGAGUCAAUGUCAUGAGUAAAAACGUUUCAAAUCGCCUCACGUUUAAAUAAAGUAACGGUCCUGAAAAGAUAUUAAACUGUAUAAAACGAUGGAAAUAUAAUUUACACGGUCAUUAUACAGCUAACUUUGUUAAAUCUAAACCUUCAAGUACUCUCCCUUGAUAUAUACAGUCAAACCUCCACUAUUGUCCACCUCUCUACAACGGCAACGGCCACUUAAACGCGUGUCCCCAACCGCCAAAAUAACUUCUCGACAUCGGCCAGUUUUUUUUUUUCAACGACAGAUGAAAAAGUCAAGAAUGGUCAUGAAAUUUGAUCUGCAUGGAACGUUUGAGAUCAAUCGGGGCAAUCGUGUUUUCAUUUUGUUUCAUUUAUACUGCUGCAGUAAGCAUAAAUAGUCUAAGAUAAAUGUAGCGAAUGUUGCGAACUUUGCUCGUUUUGUCACGUCAACAUUUUGAUUCAAGACAUAAUUCAAGCUUUUUGUGUAUAUAUUAAAUAUGAUAGGAUUACUAUGAUUACGGGAUACAGUAAGCAUGAGCUUAACACAAAAACUGACAUGUUGUACUCCCUAAAAAAUGUCAUAUAACACCCCCACCUUCCCAUAACGGCCACCUCUCCACAACGGUCAAUUUCUUCUCUCCCCGGCCAAGGUGGUUGUUUUGGAGAGGUUCGACUGAACACUCAAAUUCCUUUAAGACCCAUGCAGCACGCAAUAACAACUUCAAUGGAUGCCCAAACAUCCUAAAACAAGUAAACAUGCUAAUGAAAUGAGAAUGGAAAAAUUACGCUGGAAAGGGAAAGUACAUCUUGUUAACAGCUCUUGGCCACCAUAAAUGGAAUGGAUAUGAAAGGUUUACACCCUGAAAAACCUUUAAGUUUCAUUAUCGUUGAACAGUUAACUUGUUUCUCAUUUGUUUGUGUCGAUUAAUAUUUCAUAACCGUACAUUGACUUAGUUUUAAGCACGCGUGAUAUCAUCAGUACUCAGAUUGCAAGUCAAACAUUUAAGCCACUUACUUGCUCCCUUAGGUGGGGAGAGCUAACAUAUUUCUUCAAAGCUAAGGAUUUGCGAAAACCGUAGCACGGAAAGAGGUAGUGUCACACCCAAAAGGACUUGAACAUACAACAUGCGACAAACACAAACAUCCUAACUACUGCAAUGGGCCCCAUUAUUAGGAAGAGAUCAAAACGGAUAAUCGGGCCCCGCUUAAUGGAUCGAAGUUUGCGAACUUUGCUCGGGAACAGGGGUUCAGACACCGAAAGGUCACCCCUGGGUGGGCUGAAGCUAAUGGUGACGUGGAGCGUUUCAUGCAAACCCUCAAGAAGAGUGCGAGAAUUUCUAAACUUGAAGGAAAAGCUAUUCGGGAUGGAGUGCAAAGAACGGUUGGCAACUAUUGCGCCACGCCCCACCCAGCAACAAAGGAAAGCCCUGACAUGCUCAUGUUCGGUAGAGAGCUACGGAGGAAGCUACCGGAAAGGAUCGUACCUGCAGGAGAAAUUCCAUACGACCCAAUCAGACAAAGACCCAAUCAGAGACGCGGCUAAAAAGAAGCAGAUGAAAGAGUACGCAGACAAGAGACGGAACGCCCGGGAAAGCUUUAUAGUGGUUGGAGACCAAGUUCUUUUGAAGCAGAGCAAAGCUGCUGUUCUGACCCUAGCAUUUGACCCCCGACCCUUCUCAGUAAUAGGCGUGAAAGGAAGUAUGAUCACCGUGAAAAGGGGUAGGGAGAUUAAAUCGCGUAAUUCAUCCCAUUGUAAGUUGCUGAAGCACGCGUGGGAGGAUGAGUACGUCGCUGUGGAUUUGGACCAAGAAGGUUUGGAUGCAUCCCUCGCGGAAGAAACUGAAACCAGGGAAGAUUUGCGUUUGCAACCCUACAACCUCGGUGUAUCCAGUGAAAUGACAAUUGGCGGUCCACGUAACGAGCCUGAUGGUCCACCGAUAUCCUUAGGAGGGACGGAAACCGCGCGACAUCAACAGCAGCCAGACAAUACUGCAGUAUGCGGGCCAAGAAGAUCAGCGCGAAAAAGAACGUCUACUCAGUUGGAACACUAUUUACAGGGACUUUGAGCCACACUAGAAAAAAAGGGGCAGAUGCAGUGUCGGGUCUCAAGGAACUUCAUGUAGGAUAAUUAUAUGCAAAAUGAGCGUUAACACUCUAGCAAAAGAGGGACUUGAUUUACAUAUGGGACAGUGCUGAACGGACUAGUAGGAGGACUAUUAACGGAACUAAAGGCGUAUAAUGUAACCGUUUAUUGAGCCCCAUUCGCGACUUUACAAGUAUUUUCCCAGGUAGAUAACCUAUUAAAGCAUAAAAACAUUGCCUUAAGUUGAUCGUUUUUAGCGAUUAUGUAUCGUAAAAACACCUUCAACAUAAGCGUUAAAGAAAGACUUUAAGUCUCGUUUCCAUGCGGUAAUAAACAAGGGCCUCAGAAAGGUCUCAAAUGCUCUCAAGUUAUCUCGUUUUUAAGCAACUCCCCCUGCUAGGACUCUAUGGGACUUUUGAUAUGUUAUUAAGGACAGUUUGAUGAGUCUAAGACAGUUGGACUAUCCUCUGUUGCAAUUAGUUUCAGGUUAACCUACUAUUUUCUACAAAAUGAAUGGAGUAUUCAGAUUUUUCUCAGAACAUUUUAAUCAAUACAAAAAGUUGUUUUAUCAUUAUUUUUAUUAUUAUUAUUUUCAUUUUGCCUCAUUUAAAUUAUAUAUAUACACACAAUUCAGAAAGUUGAUUCAAGGGAGUCCAUUGAAGCCAAUAAAACUUAAGAAAAGGACCUCCUUUAAAAAUAUAUGACUUACAGUGCGAGUACACGAACCGAGGCCACCUAGUUUUGAGACAAAUUUUGAAAGUAGCCAAUCACAAGUCGAGAUUAAGACAAUGAAAUUGCGCAUAAUUUUACUCAGUUCAAUACGAUGCGAGCCAUAUUUCUAGAGGAUAUAAAUAAGGAUUUAGGAAGUUUGUAAAAAUUAAGCUGAAAAAUGUUUUGACAACGACUGGGUUAGCCAGAAUCAAAGCCAGCAGUAAAGAAAUUUUGAACAAUCCGAACUAAAAUCGAUGGCCCCUUCUUUCGGAUUGCUCAAAAUUUCUUUACUGCUGGCUUUGAUUCCGGCCAACCCAGACGUUGUCAAAACAUUUUUCAGCUUGAUUUAUUAUAUACAACGUCACGAUUCUUUAUUUACGUUCUUUAUAAAAUGGUUCGCUGGGUCUGAGUAGAAUUAUGCGCAAUUUCAUUGUUUUAGAUCUCGACUUGUGAUUAGCUUAUUUCAAAAUUUGUCUCAAAAUUUUGUCGGGGUGGCCUCGGUUCGUGUAGUCCCACUGUAAUUAUGAAAUAAAAUAGUGGCAAGUGAAAAUAGAAAGCAACAUAUUCGAAAAAAUAAAGAAAAAAACGAACAAACAAACUUGAUUCCGUGCCCUUGAGCGGGACAUGAACCCACGUCUCUCUCUGCUCAGUUAGCUAGUCAGGUAUGCUUACUACUAAACACGCUAGUUACGCCACAGCGUAAAACCUACUAGUAACUACAGUCAAAUGAUACUAAUACUAGCGUGAUAAAAUUAAUUUUGAUUACAUUUAUUCAAGGAAUUCCAGCGGUCAUUGUAGGCAUUACAGCUGCCAUAAAGCCCUCUACGUAUGACACGGAAGCACCAUUGAAGGAAGUCAUAUGUGGACCGUUUAACUUUACCGGGCGUCCUGAGAGAGAAAGGUAAUCAGCCACGUUAUAUCUUUUCUUCAAUUUUUCUCCGAUAACCUCUCUCUCUCUCUAUCGUUGUAUAAUUGUAUAUUUUAUCGUAGAUGUUGGCUCAGUGGAAGUACGUGGAUCUACAAAGGGCCAGUCUUGUUUUUUCUGUUGGUAAGAAUUGUAAAUAACGUCAUUUCUACGAUAAAUAAAGUCAAUAAAGACUAUAAACUUUUACUCGUUUAAAAUACAGUACUGCAUUUUAUCAUUAACUAAGUGGAACCCGCUUUACGGACACCCGCCUGAUACCGACAGUUUUUCUUAUCCCUGGAGAAAGCCCUCACAUUUUCUCUAAAUUGAACCAGAUUAAUUAGGCAUUUCGCAGUUGUGUAGGCAACAGGGCCGAGUUUCAAAUUUCAAUUAAUCGAUAAACGGACACCAUCAUAUAAAAGGUAAUGUUGAGAUUGGUCAUUUGACCAAGUUUGGUGCUCUAAAGUUGAACAGGGAUCAAGUUAUGACUCCUGAAACAUGGUUAAAGAUCCAUACAAACGUCUAUAAUUUUGUGACAGCGUCCCCAAAGCCAUAUAAACUCUUUUUCUUUUAUUUAAGCUAUAAAAUUCGUCAUGCAUCUACUACUUGAAAGGAACUAAUUCGAAAAUCACUGUGUUUGCCCAUUUGUAGGAAUAUCACAGAAAUCGUAAAAAAAAAUUAAGAGUUUAUAUGGUUUUGGGGGACGAUGUCACACAAUUACAGAGGUUUGUAUGGCUCUUUGAGGAAAGUCAACCUCGCUAAUGCAAUAAGUGUGUGCUGUAACUAAACUUUUCUUUUGGAAAGUAAAAAAUACCCCUUGGUGACAGCUUGCUGAUGUUCCAACGCUAAAGUACACCGUAUAGAAUCGAUUUUAGACGUCAAUUUCAGACUACUUUGCUACUAAACGAGUUAUGCAGAGAACGGUGAUAGGACUUUCCUUUACAAAUAGGCAAGCUUUCCAGUUUAAGAAAAAUAGGACAACUGAUCUGCACCAAUCAAAUGCCAGAAAAUAAAAUAGGUAAUGCAAACUAGCCAAUCAGCACAAAGUUCCUGUGACAACGCGCCAAUAAAAGUCUCGUUAGCUGAUAGCGGCUCGUAGGCGAACGCUCUUUGCUUCUUGUAGCUGUGAACGUCGUUUUGUUUUGAUGCGGUUUUGUUUUGGCUUCUUGUCUGGGCCAUUUAAAAAGGAAAAUUUAUGAUCAAACUGAUGAAAGUUUGUAAUGGAAACAUUCAACGAUUCUUGAAAAUGUACUGAAGCACUGAAACUUUGGACAACAAUAAAAAACACUGAUAUAGUUGCGUUUAGAUGUUAGCAUUACAAAACAAGCGGACAAAGUCUGCGGAAAUCGUUUGAGGUAAUGAAUGAAAUGUUUAUUUUCAAUAGUUUUGGUGUUUUUGUUUCAACUACAAAUGGACGGGUUCGAAUGUACAGUAUUUCGUGUCUGUGACACGCUAAAAAAUCUGGAUUAACUAACUAGCUAUAUAAUUGAUAGAAAAGAAGACUACAUGCUUGUCCAAUUUGAAAAUAAUUGAAUGCAAAAAAUUUCUCUGACAGCCAAAUUGGACGAGGCCGUAGGCCGAGUCCUUUUUUGGCUGUCCUCGGAAUUUUUUUCAUCCAGUUAUUUCCAAAUUGGAUAGCACGUACUCCUACUACAUAUACAAAUGACAUUAAUAGGGACAGCCCGUUGAAACGAACACUUUCAAUGGUCCCUCCGUAUUAACCCAGGUUAGACUUUUUUUUUUGGUAAAAAUAUUCUUUUCUCUCUAACAGGUAAACAUGGGGAUGUUUCUGAUACUUUUGCGAGUUAUUUUUGGAAAGCUGUCCAAUAAAUACAACAAAGAGCACGUUAAGUUUGCAAGGUGCUAAUCUCUGUUUAUUACCUUAUCAGUCUUUUUGAGGACUGUGAAUGUGAUUCCGCUUUUGCUAAUCAUCGUAGUAAGGUUGUGGGAAAAAAGAGUGUGCCUGGGAAAGUUAACAACAAAUGCAACAACCACAACAACAAGCAAAAAUGGCAACAUGCAAAACUAGUUGAUGAAAUUGUUCCCUCUAUCUUUUUAUCUGGUACUUGAAAAAGCAGCAACCGUACACCCAAGUCUACACCCACAGAGUAAUUUCGUUUCAACUGAUUACCAUACACUACACACUACAGUAUAACAGCUUACAGCUUUAUAUUAUAGUUACAUGUAUAAUAAUGAAAUGCGAGCGAACAUCAUUAAUUUGAAGAAAUCACGUAAAGAUUCACCUUUUAAAGAUAUGAUUUAAAAUUCCGUUACCCUGUUUAUAAGGCAAGAGACCUAUUUUCUUGACCCUGAUUUAUAUCAUUUCGCAUACAAACUUAAUCAAUUUCUAAACUAACAUAAUUCCAAAAAAAAAUGUUGGUAUCACUCAAUCGCCAACUUUGGCUUACCGAAAAAGGGACCCUACUCAAGAAGAUAAAUUAUGAAAUUGUAUAUUACUCUUGUUUAAGUCUCAAAAGCGUGAAAACCAUAUCCUGUUAAGGUGCACAAACCCUUAGGGAAUACCCUAAGCUAAAUCAUGAACUGAAUACCAUUCAGGUCUUCUUUUACCUUUUCACAGGAAAGGAUUGCGAAGCAUGUUGGCCUUACUUCCACUGUUGGGUGUCACUUAUAUUUUGGGAUAUUUCCUUCAAUUCCACAUCGCCGUUCAGUACCUGUUUGUUUUGCUGAAUUCCACGCAGGUUUGUUGUUUACACUAGAAUAGAUAUUAAUUAACCCGAAAUGUCAGAAAUCUGUAGCCAAUAAUCUAGCCAUCUCGCCAUCUUGGUAUUACUUUCUAUGUUAAAACAAAAAAAAAGGUCAUUCAGCCUUUCAGAAAAUGUGAGGUGCGAUGGAAAUUAAUUUUUACUUUAAUUUAGUCAAGAGCUGCUGUUACAGGAGACAACUCGAACUACAAUCGGCGACAAAAUUAGUUGAGAAAUUUUGCCCUUAAGUGUCUCCCUGACGUUUUGCCGUCUUCAAAAGGGUAGAAUGAAGCUUUCCCUCGCCAUACCCCCAUGCAAUGUUGUGCCGCUAUUUGCGCGAUCUCUUGGAGAAAACAAACACCCCAGCUUUGGCAGGAGGAGAGGGUAUAAAGAUGGCGAGGGGGGGGGGGAGGAAUUUUUUUCGUCCAAAGUUACCUCAUUUGAGGACAUUGUAUCAGCAAUUUUGUCGCUGAUUGUAGGUAAAAAAAUUUGAGCAACGGGCACCUACAACUAAUGGUAAUUAGUUAUGGAUUAUCAAAGCAAACGUCUCUUUCGAUUUACAAACAUGCUUCUGAUGAGUAACGAACUUAUAAUCGGAUUAGAAUCUUUUGUGGCUUUAAUAUUAAUCUUAACCGUUUUUACGAUCUUUCUUACUUACUAUCCAAUUACAGGUCCGCUUUUUUAAAUGUUCCCAUGUCGACGUACUACUCAGAUCUUAAUGGUAACCGGAAUUUGAUCAACGGAUUCCGCAUGCUUUUGUCAAUUGAAAUCACGGAAAAUGCCGACAUAUGAUUUUUUUUCUGUUCACAGGGAGUCACUUUUACCAUUUUUCACUGCGUUUUUGACGAUCAGGUAUUUGGUUAUAAAGCUCAGGGUAGCUUGUGCUACUGUUAAUGAUCAUUACUGAAGAAAAAAGUAAAAUUGCCUGAAUCAGAGGACGCCUGCACUAAUAUAUAGGUUUUGCAAGAGCUAAAAGCGAAGUCUCCGUUUAUAUAGUUAUAACAAAAGAAAUUUAAUUUUGAUCCACUAAAAAGAAAUCUUGAAAUCCCUUCUUAAUAACUUUAUGAGCCCUCCAUUUACCCUUUGAGCGAGAGCCUGAGUGAUAAAGAAAAAAAUAUCCCGCAAACACACCUGCAAUGAAAAAACUCUCCCAUCAAGCUAAUGAAUGUACCUCGAAGCAAGACUUUCCUCGUACAAUUGAGAUGACAACUUGCUGCCGUUAAAGAAUGUUUUUAAACGUAUACAACACAGUUUUUGAGAAGGAUUCAACAUGCGUUUUAUAAACGACGGUGUUGGAUGAAGUCAGUGGAGCCCUGGGAGUUAAACCUGUUCGAUCCGCAAUUGACCAGUUCCUAACAGAUGGGAAUAGGUGAUUCUUUUCUAUUAUUCUCGUUUUCCUUCUCUAACUGUCUGUCGCCGUGACUUCAGAUUACUGAAGGACUGAAGAGGCUCUGCGGAAAGAACACUGUACCACAAAAGCCAAGGAAAAAUCCAAAG